AUGCCGAGCAAACCCAUCUUUGGUUUUUACUCAUCGUGGGCGACCUAUCGCAGCGGCAAGGGUCAGUGCAGUGUGGAAAACAUCGACCCAAACCUCUGCACCCAUCUUCUCUAUGCAUUCGCGCUGCUGGACUCGAAUGGAUCGAUCGUACUGAAGGACCACGGCGAUCGAGAUGCCAUGCGUCGUUUCAACGCUUUGCGCGAUACGCGCAAUCCACGACUGCGGACGCUCGUAUCGAUUGGUGGUGCGCGUGAUUGUGCUCCGGCCUUUCAAUGUGUAGCCGCCAGCUCUCAUCUGCGUGCGGCUUUUGCUAGAAAUGUGCGUAAAUUUUGUACCACCAAUGGAUUCAAUGGUGUCGACAUUGAUUGGGAAUUUCCCGAAAGUAGCACGGAUCGGAACAACUUUGUUCACCUGUUAGCCGCACUGUCGGCUCAGCUUAAGGGCAACGGGCUGCUUUUAACCACUUCCGUCGGUGUGAAUCGAGAGUAUGAUUGGACAGGAGUAGCAAAAUACGUUGACUACAUCCUGUUGAUGAGCUACGAUUAUAUUGGUUCCUGGGACCCCUACACUGGCCAUAAUGCACCGCUGUUUUCGGGACGUGUCGAAACGGACUAUCAGAAGGAAAAUCUGAACGUGAAGGCAAGUGUUGGCAAUUGGAUUCGUGGCGGUGCUCCAUGGACUAAGCUGAUAGUAGGAUUAGCUGCUUACGGGCGUACCUUUACCCUGCGUGACACCGGUAACCAUGAUGUGCGAGCUGGGGCUAGCGGGGCAGGACGAGCUGGCCCGUACACCAAAGAAAAUGGAACUCUUGCGUACUAUGAGAUUAAGGAAGCGUUUGGUCAGCGGUACUGGGAUGUCGACCAGCAUGUACCUUAUGCGGUGAAUGGCGAUCAGUGGGUUAGCUAUGAUGAUCCCGAGAGUAUUCGGAAGAAAUGUUACUACAUUAAUACGGAAGGGCUUGGAGGAGCGAUGAUAUGGUCGAUCGAUAUGGAUGAAUUUCAGGACGGGAAAUUCACAUUGCUCCGUACGGUAGUGCAGCACUUUUAG